CCCCGCUCUAAACGGAGCGGCUCCUCGGGACGCGGCUGGGCACAGUGACUGGGGAGCGCCCGGGGAGCCCGGCCGCCUCUGCCCUGGAUCUCCCGCGGCGCCCGCCGGCCCCUGCCCCGGGGAGGGCCCCGCCCCGGCCCGCCGGCAGGUGACCCCCGGCCGCCGGCUGGAGCAGGACCUGACCCGAUGGGCAGCAGCCUCCGCUCCGGCCCCUGCCCCGCGUCUCCGCCCGGGAACGCGCCGCGUGUCCCCCAGACCAGCCCGCGCGGCUCCCGCCUCCCCGCUGCAGCGUGUCCCGCACCCCGGCCCGCCCCGGCGCUCCGCGCGCCCGGCCCCGCCGCCUGACGCCUACCCGGGCCGCCCAUGGAUGUCGCCGCCGGCCCCGAGUCCCUGGAACGCUGCUUCGGCCGGGGCCCGCCGGACCGCGCCGAGAUGCUGGACGGCAUCAAAAUGGAAGAUCACCCGCUGCGCUCGGGCGCUGCCACCUUGGGCGUGUUGCUGGGGUCAGAGUGUCAGAACCAGGCGGUUUGCGAGGGCUGCCAGCGGCCGAUCUCAGACCGUUUUCUGAUGCGAGUGAACGAAUCUUCCUGGCACGAAGAGUGUUUGCAGUGUGCAGUGUGUCAACAAGCCCUCACCACCAGCUGCUACUUCCGGGAUCGAAAACUGUACUGCAAACAGGACUACCAACAGCUAUUUGCUGCUAAGUGCAGUGGCUGCAUGGAAAAGAUCGCCCCAACAGAAUUUGUGAUGAGAGCCUUGGAAUGUGUUUACCACUUAAGCUGCUUCAGUUGCUGUGUCUGUGAACGACAGCUGAGGAAAGGAGAUGAAUUUGUUCUGAAGGAAGGACAAUUGCUCUGCAAAAGUGACUAUGAAAAAGAAAAAGACUUGCUGAGCUCUGUGAGCCCCGAUGACUCAGACUCAGUUAAAAGUGAUGAUGAGGAUGGAGAUGUUAAACCAACCAAAGGACAAGCAAACCAAGGAAAAGGGAGUGAUGAUGGAAAAGACCCAAGGAGACCCAAACGACCAAGGACAAUACUUACAACGCAGCAGAGAAGAGCAUUCAAAGCAUCCUUUGAAGUGUCUUCAAAGCCAUGUAGGAAGGUCAGAGAAACACUAGCAGCUGAAACAGGACUCAGUGUGCGAGUUGUCCAGGUCUGGUUUCAGAACCAAAGAGCAAAGAUGAAGAAACUAGCACGGAGGCAUCAGCAGCAGCAGGAGCAGCAAAAUUCUCAGCGACUAGGGCAAGAAGUAAUGUCCAACCGAAUGGAAGGAAUGAUGACAUCUUACACACCACUUGCACCACCACAGCAGCAGAUUGUAGCAAUGGAUCAAAGCAGUUAUGGCACGGACCCAUUCCAGCAAGGUCUUACCCCUCCACAGAUGCCAGGAGACCACAUGAACCCCUAUGGAAACGACUCCAUUUUUCAUGAUAUCGACAGUGAUACCUCUUUGACUAGCUUGAGCGACUGUUUCCUUGCCUCCUCAGAAGUUAACUCCAUGCAGGCUAGAGUAGGAAACCCCAUUGACAGGCUGUACUCUAUGCAGAGCUCAUAUUUCGCCUCAUGAAAAUAAUAAUAAUAAAGAAAACAAAUAGCUGGUGUAUCUUUAGCAAGUGACUUUUUGCAGAGCAGACUCUACAGCCAUAUGUUGCCCAGCUCUUCCUUCACAGUGACUCCUGCCGCCUCUGGACUGCCACGAGCAUUUUUAGGAGGACCAUAUAUUACAUCAAUCAAUCAACCCACCAACCCCCCGCCCCCACUCACACAUAGACAUCCUCAGUUAUCCAGCUUGGACCAGGCCUGGGACGAAUGGAACACCCAGCUCUCCAGCAGCCCUGGGUUUGGUUUGAGCUCCGCAUUGUAAAGGAAAUGACUGUGUGAAAAGCUAGACCUUUUUCCUUCUUUCUUUCUUCCUUUCGUUUGGAUAUUUAAACUUUUUUUUAAAAGCCACUGAGACUGACAUCAGUCGACCAUAUGACGAAUAAAUCAAAGAAACUGGAGACUCCUCCCCUUUCUUAUUGCAUGACUCAUGCUAUGUUGUGGAUAAAUUGCCAUUUGAACUGUGAGACGUUAAUGUAAAUGUGACGUUCAACAUUUGUUUCCUUUCUACACUUUUUCUACAUAACCCUCAAUCUGCUCCUUAGUUUAUAGCCCUUAUACUGUAUGAUACUUAGAAAAACUGGUUAACAAGAAGCCUUGUGGCAAAGCCAGUGAUUUCAUAAUUGAAAAAGGUCUAUGACCCUGGAGAGAAGCUGCAUGUUAGGGACAGAUGCAUUUAGAUUAGUAUUAAUCUUGAAUAAUUAAAACAAAAGGUGCUUACACGACACAGAGCUUUAUUUAAUUUUUAAUGUGUGAGAAUAAACAUUUACUUUUAUUUGUAAGUAAUUUAGUGCCAACUUUCAAGCCUAGACUGUGAUUGGCAACCACGUGUUGUUCAUUCUGUUCUGUUUAUUUAGGUUUUGCAUGAGACAUAAAUGUGCUACACUCCAUUGUCCAUCUGGAACAAUUAAGACCUCCUUUAAUUAAUUUUCUUCCUUUGUCAAGGAAAGCGCAGGAUCUAAACUCCUAGCCCAGACCCUGAGACGUGUCCUUGACAUGUGCACCAAGUGACAAAGAACCCAGAGAGCAUGAGGCUCUGGCACGAGCCUGAGUCUGAUCUCACUGAUGCAAGUUUCACACAUUGAUGUGACUCUCUGUUGCCUCCAGUGGUUACUCCAGACCUACACUAGCGAAAUGGGAGGAGACCCGGGCUCAUUAUGCAGAGAUAAAGAGGACUGUCUCAACAGCCCUUGCUGAAGUUUGAGCAGCCAUUAUAGAUUUUUGUAGGGCAUAAAACAUGAUAAAUAAUAAUAUUCUAGUUAUAAAUAUUGCCUGCAGACAAUAAUUAUCAGGUGGAGAGCCAGACAAAUAUGCCCAUGUCUCGUAACGGAGAAGACUUAGUGAGGAACAAUUUGGCAAGGUAAUAGAAGUAAUGAUAGGGUGUGUUCAAAAACGAAUAAAGAUGGGUGAGGAGGGAAAAGUUAGGUAUGUCAGGCCCAUUCUUAAAUAAAUGUGUUCAAAACACUGACCAUACCAGUGAAAACCAAGUUCAACGUGCUGGUUAAUUUAACUCCUGGCGUGUGACGCAUGGUGCAGGCUCAGGGGCUGCAGUCACACAUAAGAUUCAGUGCACUAUGCAAAAAUUCUUAAGCACUCAGAGGUGUCUGGCAUAUAGCCAUGAGGCCCUCCAUGCCACUUUGAUGGGCCACAGGCAGCCAAAAAUGUAACAGACUCCACAGCCUCGUUACAUUCGGGGCAGCGUAUGUAUGUUCCAGUUUCCUGGGAUAGUAGCACUGCCUGCUCAGGAUAGGGCCCGGCUGUCAUGGGAGCUGCCCAUGAAAAGUUAAGCACCCUUUUCUGAACCAGAAAGGGCUACUUCUUGCUUCCCAAAGGGGUGAAUACCAAGUAGGGCAAGAAAGAGCCGAGUCAGCCAAAAAAGGACCUGCAUUGCUCUGUGGCAAAUGGUAUAACUCAUCUGGGACACAGAUUUAAAACAAAAGAGGGCAAGAGAGCACUUUUUACAUCACAGGUGAUUAUUAACUCUCCCCACUUCACUAAACAUGGGGAAAACAGAGCCACAUCCCAUCCAGGGGUGGCAAAGCAAACAAAAGUGUUCAUUCCAAACAAGCAUGGGUGGAGCUCAGAAACCAUUUUACGCCUUUCUUAAAACCCAGCUUCCAUGGCCAGGAGAAACACAAGCAUUUGCACCUUGGUGAGGUGAGGAAAGGCUCCAUUGGGAAAGGAAGUCUUCAUAUCAUGCAGGAGAGAUGGCACGGCUGGAGGUCUCCCUUCUGCUCUGCUGCCCACAGCACAGUGUCCCAAGUCAGGCAGAAGGGCCCUCUCGCUUGAACACACAGACACACCCCCGGGUUGCUCCAUUCUUUCUAGUCCACUCCAGCCCCAGACGUUCUGGGCUAACAAAGCUCAAGCCAUCUCCUUGCUACUGCAUGUAGCUCUCCUACCUUGAACAGGAAGUAGCCCAAAUUGCAACCUGCCAGUCUCACAGCAGUCACGGGUCAAUCACAACUGCAUGCAUUCUGCAGAGCCCCUUUUUAUCUCCUGGGGCGGGGGGAAGGAGCGGCUUUACCAGUUAAAGCAGGGCUUGGGAGCCCAUUGGAUAUCUUCUGCCAAUUGGGAGGAAAAGGCUUGACUACCUUUGUUCUAACCCAGGCAUCACCAAUUUUUCCCCUUACGCUGUACCAAAAAACACCCCUGCUCACACUAGCUGGUAUCUGUAAAGAACUCAGGUGACCUGGAUAUUUCCAUUGCAUUAGGAGCCAGAAUUUGAGCAUUUCUCAUGUGGUACAUUGGAAACAUUUGUAACUACCCACCUCACAGGAUUAAUCCCACCCCCAGCAAAUAUCGCUUUUCUCAGAGCAGGAGUGUCUUCACAAGCUCCAGCCUCUGAUGUUUAUGGCAUCUACACACCAUCACAGGAUCCCACCAGUCAGACCUCCUCUUUUACCAGUGCAGAAUCAAAGGCCAUAAUUAGUGAAUGUUGAGACUUGUCUGAGCACUGUAAUGUGCCCCACAGUCUGGAGACUCCCCUGCUCCAUGUCUACCUCUGGUUCUGGGCUGGAUGUUGAAAAAAUCCACUUCCAAGAAAGGAAUCAGCAAGCCCGCUUUGGAGCUCAAGUAUCGAUAACCCUUCUGCUGCUCUUGGGAUGGCACUAUACCACCUCGGCAUGUAUUGCAAUGUAGGUAUAAAUAUACUCUCGGCUGUGCCUUUGGUGUGUUGUAUGGCAAUGCUUAGCCAUGUGUUCCCCCAUAUUAUGCUCUAGUUGGUGCCAAGUGCAUUGUACAUGCGAUCUCUUGGCCAACAUGGCUAACUAUAUUUCCAGUGCCAGGGUGAACUGAAGCCAAUCAAGAGGGGGAUGCACUUUUAAAAGCAUGGCCAGUCACUUCGAGCAGGCCAGUGAUAUCUGGCAAAGGCCAAAGUUCAUUAAAGCAAAAUAAAUGUCACUCUUAUUUGUAGUACGGAUUAUCCCACAGGAGCGUGAUCAUUGUGGUUUUAACCCGGGACCUGCAGUAAAAUAUUAUAAAGCAACCUCUGACCUUUUUGAUUUCUGGUUUACUCUUGUAUUGUCAAGGGAAAUGUCACUGAUCAGGUGAAAGUAAAAUGUGUAAUGGGCCAUACAGCAAUAAUAUCUUACACUGAGUCACAUUGAUAAAUUCUUGCCCAAAACUCUUAGCAUCUGGCAGUUUCACAGAAACCACAAAUAGUGAUUGUACAUAUGGGAGUUUGAAGGGUAGAGGUCAUGACAGCAGUUUAUUACAUGUACCUUACAGUGAUAAUUCUCUCUAGCAAUUUAACCUCUCUCUCGUAUAAAUACAUCAAGUGAGCUCUUCAUAGCAUUUCAAUCAUGCUGUUUUGGCUAAAGAAGGAAUACUUAGGCUAAAGCAGUGACAAGAUGCAAUUAACUAAAAGAAGAUUGAUUAGGUUUGUGUUCACGCAAUAAUAUUGAACGAAAGGUUAUCAUAAUGUGAACAUGCUAAAUGAUAGCUUCCUCAGAAGUCUGUAUUGUGCAAAUGAUCAAUUCUGUGCCCAAAAGUGAUGCUAGCACACUGCAAUAUUUUCCUGCAUCAGAUGCGGUAACUAAUUGAUGCAGUAUUUAGCCCCUGUACUCACAGACCAGCACACGCUUUUAACCUAGUAACUAGCGUGUUUCCAUUUCAUUGUGUCACUGCCAAUGGAAGAAUUCCCCCACAACGUGCAGCUCAUCUCAGGCCUAUACUAACCACAGUCUCAGUAUGAUGCUGAGGAGAGGGACUUACUUUCCAAAUAAUUGGCUUUAUGAUGCUAAAUGUGUUUCAUGCCCACCAAGUAGGAGAUAAUUAUGGUGCUGUCAGUAAAAUAAUUUUUGUUUGCCAUCCAGGGCUGGC